CUGCUUUAUCUGUUCCUUUCCUUUCAGCUCCCUCCAUCCAUGUCUAUAAAUACACCUCUCCUUCCUCACACCUUCCUCAUCCUCUCUCAUUCUUUUCUUUUGGGAAGUUAGGCUCUCAUUUCAACCCCUCUGGAAAUGGAGUUUAUUGCCCUCUCCCUAGUUUCCCUUCUCACCAUCUUCGGAGCCGUUCAUGGAUAUGGUGGUGGGUGGUCUGAUGCACAUGCUACCUUUUAUGGAGGUGGUGAUGCUUCUGGGACAAUGGGAGGGGCUUGUGGGUAUGGAAAUCUCUACAGUCAAGGAUAUGGGACAAACACAGCAGCAUUGAGCACUGCUCUGUUCAACAGUGGACUGAGCUGUGGAGCUUGCUUCGAGAUCAAAUGUUCGAAUGAUGGGAGCUGGUGUCUCCCGGGAUCUAUAAUUGUCACUGCAACAAACUUCUGCCCACCAAACAAUGCUCUUCCAAACGAUAAUGGAGGGUGGUGCAACCCUCCCCUGCAGCACUUUGAUCUCUCUCAGCCAGUUUUCCAGCGUAUUGCUCAGUACAAAGCAGGCAUUGUCCCUGUUCAAUACAGAAGGGUACCCUGUGUGAAGAACGGGGGAAUCAGGUUCACCAUUAAUGGUCACUCUUACUUCAACCUGGUGCUGAUCUCCAAUGUAGGUGGGGCUGGGGACGUGACGGCAGUGUCUAUAAAGGGAUCCCAGACUGGGUGGCAGCCAAUGAGCCGCAACUGGGGCCAGAACUGGCAGAGCAACAGCUACCUCAAUGGCCAGUCCCUCUCCUUCCAAGUCACCACCAGCGAUGGCCGCACUGUUACCUCCAUGGACGUCGCCCCUAACAACUGGAGCUUCGGCCAGACCUACUCUGGUGGGCAGCUUUGAGCCUCUAAUUAAGCCAACAACGAAUUCCCUCUGACCUUAGUAUCAGUCUGGUGGAGUGACUGAAGUCUACGUAUACUAUUGUCUCACGGUGGGGUUCUCUUUUGAUAUGGCCCUACUUUGUCCUGCUGAGUCUUUUCCUUUUUUAUUUCUUGUUUUCUUAUGAUUGACCUUCUCUUCCUGGCCUUGUAUAUGGUGGCAGAGGAGGACACUAUCCAAGGGGUGGUGUGAGAGGUCUUUCUAGCUCUUAGGGAGUCCCAUGGGGUUGUGUUAAUGGGGAGGACAAAUGGCUGAGGUGAACCAAAGGUUGGUCACCCGCCCAUGAAUGCUUUUCUUUUCAUGUACUUCUCUGUGACAGUGGGAAGCGAGAUUGUAAUCAGCUUUGCUGCUAAAAUAUUAUAAGAUAUCGAAUAGAUAUAUAAUUAUAUUUUGAAAGA